GGUUGUUUAACAGCCAAGAUGGCGGCGACGAUGUUGAGGUCGCUCUCCAGGCUGGGAGGACGUCCUUCAAAUAGUUUAAUACUGAGCAAGAGUUUACUGAGCCCUGGUUGCACGCUGCUGCAGAACAGGCAGAAGCAAUGGCAGCCAGAUGUGGAGUGGACGGAGCAGUUUGCUGGGGCUGUGAUGUACCCCACCGUCAUCAACGAGAAAUGGACCCCUCCCCCAUGGAACGACAAAGACCCCCCCGCUGAGAAGGACGUGUCCAAUCUGACCAUUAACUUCGGGCCCCAGCAUCCAGCCGCUCACGGCGUGCUGCGCCUGGUGAUGGAGCUGAGCGGAGAGUCUGUGAAGAAGUGUGACCCCCACAUCGGCCUGCUCCAUCGCGGCACUGAAAAGCUUAUCGAGUAUAAAACCUACCUGCAGGCUCUGCCCUACUUCGACCGUCUGGACUAUGUGUCCAUGAUGUGCAACGAGGAGGCCUACUCUCUGGCUGUGGAGAAGCUGCUCAACAUCCAGGCUCCGCCGCGGGCUCAGUGGAUCAGAGUUUUGUACGGAGAGAUGACUCGGAUUCUGAACCACAUCAUGGCCAUCACCACACACGCACUCGAUAUCGGCGCCAUGACGCCUUUCUUCUGGCUGUUCGAGGAGAGAGAGAAGAUGUUUGAAUUUUAUGAGCGAGUGUCUGGAGCCAGAAUGCACGCAGCAUACAUCAGACCAGGCGGUGUCCAUCAGGAUUUGCCCCUUGGCCUCAUGGAUGACAUCUAUCAGUGGUGCAAGAAUUUCUCCCUGAGAAUUGAUGAAGUUGAGGAGAUGCUGACCAAUAAUCGCAUUUGGAAGAACCGUACGGUGGACAUCGGCAUUGUUACCUCUGAGGAAGCCCUCAACUAUGGCUUCAGCGGGGUGAUGCUGCGUGGAUCAGGAAUCAAGUGGGACCUGAGGAAGUCCCAGCCGUACGACAAAUAUGACGAGGUGGAGUUCGACGUCCCUAUUGGAACCAACGGAGACUGCUAUGACAGGUAUCUGUGCAGGGUGGAGGAGAUGAGGCAGUCGCUGAGAAUUAUAACCAUGGUUUAUUUACAACCCCCCUCUCUUUUUCUGCUCUGUGCUAAUGAGUGUGUAUUUGUGUGUCCCCUGUGCUCUCUGCAGGGGGAGUUUGGUGUUUAUUUAGUAUCCGACGGCUCCAGCAGGCCCUACCGCUGCAAGAUCAAAGCUCCAGGAUUCGCUCACUUGGCUGGUCUGGAUAAAAUGGCGAAAGGACACAUGCUGGCAGAUGUGGUGGCCAUUAUCGGUACACAGGACAUAGUGUUUGGGGAGGUUGACCGCUAACGUCAUGCUGCUCGUGAAGAUUUGGUUCCAUCGGCGCUUCUUUUCUGCUCACUUCAGUUAUCCUCUAAUAUUACAUGUACAAUGCUCAAAUCAACCUAAUAAAUGUUUUCUCUCUGA